AUGGUGAGUACAAGACGGACGAACUAUGAGGAGGAGGAUCAUGAUGACCCCAUGAACGAAGGAAACACCAUGGAACACCAUGAAGAGUACCAACCCGCUGAGCCCGCUGGUGAAGGGACCUCUCGACGCCCAGGCAAACAAGCAAUGCCUGAUGAAGAAGGUCGGGUCCAAGAUGCAGGAAGCUCAUCGUCACCAUCCCAUGGUGUACGGCGAACUACCAACGUCCAUGAGGUGUACAUGGAGAACGAGGCAUUGAGCCAGCAUUUAGAAGAGACUCUCAGGCUCAAGAAAGAGUGGCAAGAGAGGUAUGGAGCCCAGGAGGCCACAAGGCCACAAAGAAGGGGAACCCGCGGGCGUCUUGGUACAGCGAGAAGGGGACGACCCCGUGGGAGUCGUUCAACACGUUACCCUCCCGAAGGUCAAGAAAGAUCUAGGUCACCAACAACCCAAGGUCGUGAUGCUAGUGCCAUACCACAACGACCUUCUCGUGAGAACGACAACCAUGGUGGGAGGAGCGAGCGCCCUCCAUCCCAACAAAGACCACGAGUAACAACCUCAGGUCGUGAGAAUAGGAGGAAUAAUGUACGCCCUCCUACACAACAACAAAUUAGGAGGGAUGCACGAGGACCUACUGCCCCACAAGAUGAUGCUGUAGAUCCCCCACGAGGAGACUCCCGUGAGGAGAGGGGCACAACACACAAUAAUGGGAUCCCACCAUCUCAACCACUUCCAGCACCUAAGGAUAUUGGUGGGGACGAGAGGGGAAGAGAUCAUGUUCGAAACCCUCCUUCACCAAUCAGGUUCCCACCAUCACCAAUAAGGCAUCCUGAGCCUCCACGUACUAAUGCACAAGCACCACAUCAACCAGCCCCAAAGGGGAGAUCACGACAGAGGGAAGCACCUCCAAGUCGCCUUCCAAGUCAAGACUUGCCUCGACCCCCUCAAAACGGGCAAGAAAACUACCGAGACAACCAUGCUCGACAGGUACCUCAACCUAGGGGAUAUGGACGGGAAAGGCAACGCACCAUCUCUCGUGAUAACUAUGUCCGUCCGAGACCAGCACCCAGGGAGACUAGACCACAGCGUGCGCGACCCCACUCACCCCGAGACGAUAGUUAUUUAUCAAGAUCUCGGAUUGUCGCAACACAAUCAUAUGCCCAACAACGGCCUGCACCUCGGGGGCCGCAACAAGAGAGGACGGUGAGCUUCAUGGGGGAGAGUUACCGUUCCGACUCAAGGAGCCGAUCUGUGAGCGUUCAAGACAAUGCACCUCCUCCAUAUUAUGAGGAGCACCCUCGAUACCCCCCACGUGAUGCAAGGAGCUCUGACCUUCGGGACCAUCUGAACCAAAGGCGACAACCUGACUUGAGAGACCACUUGAACAGGGGGCACGAUUAG